AUGCCAAACCCCCCCACGACCUCGUCCCCAAAAACCAGACAAUGGACCUGUCCCCCCCCUCCCAGCUCUAUAAGCCCUAACAAACACUCAACCCCCCCAUCCAACCCCCCCAAACCACAACCCCAACCCGACCUCCCAAUCCCCCCAUUCCGCAACGUCUCCGCCUGCAACCGAUGUCGCAUCCGCAAACACCGCUGCGACCAACGCCUGCCACGCUGCGAAACAUGCGAAAAAGCCCAAGUCCGCUGCGUCGGCUACGACCCCCUCACCAAACAAGAAGUGCCCCGCAGCUACGUCGCCUUCCUGGAAAGUCGCGUCAACUACCUCAACCAAGUCCUCCUCGACCACGAGAUCUCAUUCAAGCCCGCCCUCCCGUACGACGAGGAAGAGACAUUGAAGAUCGAAGCCGGGCAGCGCUCCGAACGGGGGUUGCGGGAUUGGCGCGAAUUGUCCGAGACGCCGGGCUUGCGGAAGAGGAAGUCGGCUGAUGACGCCAUCCCGGCGAGACAGAUGAAGCGGCUGGCGCAGCUGAAUGUGUUGCUGACGGACUUGAUUACGGAUGCGUGCGGGCAUCGGGGGAGGGAGGGGGAACGGGAGGAGAGGAGACGGGAUGGUUCGCUGGAACAGAGAUUGCCGUGGUCGCCGCGGAGUUUGGAUUCUGUGGAUCAUAGUGAUAGUCGGACGAGUCCGGAGUCUGAGUCGCCGGGUUCUUCGCGGGAGUCAUAUCGAUAUCUCAAGACGGCUUCUGGGGGUGGUGCUUCUUUGAGUGGUGCUAGAUCGGGGUCAGGGUUGGAUCGAGGGCUUGAUGGGCAGGGGACGAGGACACGGCCUGGAAUUGAUCCUGGAUUGGUGGAUUUUAAGAUCCCUGAUACUAAGCCUUUGAUUGGAGAGGGGAGGUCGGGGAAUACUGUUCCCAGGCCUCUGGAUCUUCCCAGUCAUGUUCCGCAGCAGAAAGUGGAGGACCCUCCUGUGCCCGAGCCCAAAUUUGAUAUCGCUGCUGAUUUACUCCGAGGGCGGAUGGAGAGGGAGAGGGAGAGGGAGAGGAACAAUUUUGAUUUGUUGGACGAGUUUCUUGUUGACUGGACGGAUUGA